AUGCAUCGGGCGAUGCGGCUGCGCUGCCUCCUGCGCCCUCCGCCCAUCUCCCUCGCCACCCCCUCGGCCGCCGGCGGGGUACGGAGGCUGGGUGCGCCGCACCAGCCCUUCAGCGAGCGGGGGCGGCUUCUCCGGUUCUACAGCUCCAAGGAGGAGGGCGUGGGAAGCGCGGAGACUGCGGCGGCGGGUAGCGGCGGCAACCAGCAGGACCACGCGCGACUCGGGGAGAAGGACCAGCAGGAGUGGCUGAGCGGCGAGCGGUUCCUCACCGGCUGCAAGCGGCGGGAGUCGCCCUUCCUCACCAAGCGCCAGCGCUUCCGCAACGAGUUCCUGCGCCGCGUCGUGCCCUGGCACAAGAGCAGCCUCACCUGGACCAACUUCCCCUACUACGUCGAUAACAACGCGAGGCAGCUGCUGACCGAGUGCGUGGCGUCGCACCUGCGGAACAAGGACGCCACUUCGGAGUACGGCUCGCGGCUGCAGUCAUCCGGCGGGAGGAUACUGCUCCAGAGCUUGCCAGGGACUGAGCUUUACCGGGAGAGAUUGGUGAGAGCGAUCGCCCAUGAGUUACGCGUGCCAUUGUUGGUGCUGGACAGCAGUGUUCUGGCUCCAUUUGAUAAUGGUGAAGAUUGCUCAGAGACUGAGGAAGAGGAUGGCCAGGCGGAGUCAGAAGAUGAAGGCUCAGGAUCAGAAGCGGAAGAUGAAGAUUCUGGUGAAAGUGACGACGAUGAAGCUAGCAGAUCAUUGGAAGAACUCAAGAAGUUAGUUCCGCGCAGGAUUGAGGAAUUUGCCAAGAGAGUUGUUGGUGAGCAAGAAAAUUCUUCAGCAGCAGAAUCCACCACUGAGUCCCCUGAAGAAGAGAAAAGACCUCUCCAAAAGGGUGACAGGGUCAAGUAUGUUGGAGCGUCAGUGCUUGUUGAAGCAGAUAACAGGAUCAUUCUGGGGAAAAUUCCUACUCAAGAGGGAGCAGCAGAUGCCUAUACCUUUAUUAGCGGCAGAACUUUAUCAAAUGGACAGCGUGGAGAGAUAUAUGAGAUAAAUGGCGAUCAAGUGGCUGUUAUAUUUGACCCUCCUGACGAGAAACUGGCUGAUAGUACAAAAGAUAAAGCUAACGAAGACGCCGAAGAGGAAGAUGCUAAAUCAUCGGUUUACUGGGUUGACAGUAUGUAUUCCAUUCGAAGCGUCCAUAGCUUCAUCCAGUUUGAAUAUCCUGCAAUUUUAACAAUGGUCUUGUUUGUGCUUUUAGCUCAAGAUAUUGCGCAUGACCAUGAUACUCAGGCGGAAGAUUGGCAUAUCGCGAUCGAAGCCUUUUGUGAGGCACUGCCAUCUCUUCAACCAGCCAUUGUUUACUUUCCGGACAGUUCACAGUGGCUUUCUAGGGCAGUUCCAAGAUCAAAUCGCAGAGAGUUUAUCGAAAAAGUAGAGGAAAUGUUUGAUCAGCUUAAUGGACCUUUAGUGUUGAUAUGUGGGCAGAACAUACUCGAGGCAGCACCCAAGGAUAAAGAUCCGAGGGCGCUGGUGUUUCACAAUCUUUCUCGCCUGUCUCCACUGACAUCAUCCUUGAGGAGGCUGGUAGGGGGGUUAAAAGGGCGGAAGCCUUCAAAGUCUAAUGGCAUAGCAAAGCUCUUCGGAAACAAAUUUUUUGUUCCUCUUCCAAAGGAUGAUGAGCAACUGAGAGUUUUCAAUAACCAGAUUGAGGAGGACAAAAAAAUAAUCAUUUCAAGGCAUAACCUUGUUGAAGUACACAAGGUGCUUGAAGAGCAUGAGCUAUCAUGUGAAAAUCUGCUGCAUGUGAAGUUAGAUGGCAUUAUUCUGACAAAACAAAGAGCAGAGAAGGUCAUUGGAUGGGCUAGAAGUCACUACUUGUCGUCAGCAACUCAUCCUUCCAUUAAGGGCGACAAGCUAGUUAUUCCCCGCGAGAGUCUGGAGCUAGCAAUCAGGAGGCUAAGGGAGCAGGAGGCUUCACCUAAGAAGCUCUCUGAAAACAUGAAGAUGUUGGCAAAAGAUGAAUUUGAGCGCAAUUUCAUUUCAGCAGUUGUACCCCCCCAUGAAAUUGGAGUUAAAUUUGAAGAUAUUGGUGCUCUCGAGGAUGUCAAGAAGACACUGGACGAACUUGUUACUCUUCCAAUGAGGAGACCAGAGCUUUUCUCACGUGGGAACUUGUUAAGGCCUUGCAAAGGAAUACUGCUUUUUGGACCUCCUGGAACAGGAAAAACACUUUUGGCAAAGGCACUUGCGACAGAAGCUGGAGCAAAUUUUAUCAGCAUCACUGGUUCUAGUCUCACAUCAAAGUGGUUUGGAGAUGCUGAGAAGCUCACCAAAGCCCUUUUCUCCUUUGCGAGUCGGCUAGCUCCUGUCAUCAUAUUUGUGGAUGAGGUUGACAGCCUACUUGGUGCAAGAGGUGGUGCAAUGGAGCAUGAAGCAACGAGAAGGAUGCGCAAUGAGUUUAUGGCAGCUUGGGAUGGUCUACGGUCCAAAGAGAAUCAAAGGAUACUUAUUCUUGGUGCAACGAACCGUCCAUUUGAUCUAGAUGAUGCAGUAAUACGGCGUUUGCCCAGGAGGAUAUACGUCGACCUUCCAGAUGCGCAGAACCGAAUGAAAAUUCUUAAGAUUUUACUUGCCAAAGAAAACCUAGAAUCUGAAUUUGGAUUUGACGAACUAGCCAACGCAACAGAAGGUUACUCUGGAAGUGACUUGAAGAACCUAUGCAUAGCCGCAGCAUACAGGCCAGUUCAUGAACUACUAGAAGAAGAAAAUAAGGGGGCUGUGGGCAGUACAAAAACUUCUUUGAGGUCCUUAAAGUUGGAUGACUUUAUCCAAGCAAAAGCCAAGGUGAGCCCAUCUGUUUCUUUUGAUGCCACAAGCAUGAACGAGCUAAGAAAAUGGAACGAGCAGUACGGCGAAGGUGGCAGCAGGAGUAAAUCACCUUUUGGGUUUGGCAGCUAACUUGUUCCUGUAGUGAGUAUCAUCUGUAGUACCAUUGGCCCAUUGUGCUCUUAUUUAGCCAUACAGAAUUAAGUCAGUGGUAGAGCUUUCGUGUCUCAGCUUUGAUGACCGCCUUUUUGACUGCAGCGGCCAAUCUUGCCCUCUCUCCAUUUCUUAGUACUUACCUAGAGUCCAUUUGAGCAUUGAUUUGUCCC